AUGCUUGCUCACGUCCCCACGAUCCUCAUCGCCGUCGCGCUCGCCACUCUGCUCACUGUCCAUAUCCUUGGCCGAGCUCGGCCAGCCGCCGCCGCCCGCCGGGAUACCGCCACCUAUGCGCCUGCCCGCAGUCUCGAAAUCGAAAUCGCCACACCGCGGAGCCCGACCUGCGGCGACGGAGUGUGCGAGGCGGCCGAGACGUCGUGCCCUGGCGACUGCCCCGGCAUCACGACGCCGACCGAGUGCGGCGAAGAGCCCCACAGCGACCCGGCCGGUGAGGCGGUGGCGUGGGGCUCGGCGCCGGAGCAUCGGGUCCGGUCGGCGGCCGAGUGCUGCCAGCGCUGCAUGGCGCACGCCGCAAAGAAUACGCGGAGGCCGUGCAACUCGUGGAGCUUUUGCUACCUGCCGCACUGCUGGAGCCUCGACAACGGCAAUACACACACGCACGGCGAGUGCUGGCUCAAGUGGCAGGCGGACGUGCGGCACCCGCUCUUUGGCCAGCGCGGCCGGUAUUCGGAGAGCUUCCGACGCAAGAACUGGGAUAAGCACCUGAGUGGCAGGAUGCCGGACGGCUCGAAGCGCAACCUGACGCCGCCGACACACGUGCCGUGGACGGGUGGCGUGAUCGGGCGCUCCGUCGACUACCCGCGCGUGACGUGGACAACGGACCUUCCGGGCGCGGACGGAGCAGAGAUGUCCUCGAGCGCCGGCGAGCGCAUCGUGCCGUGGAGGGCGUGGGAAUCGCGGGAGCAGAACCUGGCCCGAGGGGUGCCGCCGGAGUACAUGCCGCUAGCGAAGGGCAACUUCGGCUCGUGA